AUGGCGACAGAAGGAAAAAACCCCAUCAACAUGAACACAAUGUCUUCAUCUCUUCAGAGAACCGGUCAAUGGGUUUUCUCACAAGAUAUUCCAACCGAUGUAGUAGUUGAAGUCGGAGAAGCCAAUUUCUCUCUUCAUAAGUUCAUGCUAGUGGCGAAGAGUAACUACAUAAGGAAGCUAAUAAUGGAAUCCAAAGAUAGCGACGUGACGAGAAUUGAUCUCUCGGAUAUCCCCGGAGGUCCAGAGAUGUUCGAGAAAGCUGCUAAAUUCUGUUACGGUGUUAACUUCGAGAUUACCGUGCAGAACGUGGCGGCUCUUCAUUGCGCCGCCGAGUUUCUUCAGAUGACCGAUAAGUACUGCGACAACAACCUCGCUGGUCGGACUCAAGAUUUUCUUUCUCAGGUCGCUCUCUCUAGCCUCUCCGGAGCCAUCGUCGUCCUCAAGUCUUGCGAGAUUCUCCUUCCUAUUUCUCGUGAUCUUGGUAUUGUUCGCCGUUGCGUUGACGUCGUCGGUGCUAAGGCUUGCAACGAGGCAAUGUUUCCGUGUCGAUCACCACCGAAUUGGUGGACAGAGGAGCUCUGUAUCUUAGACGUUGACUUCUUCUCCGACGUCGUAGCUUCCAUGAAACAGAGAGGCCUGAAACCUUCUUCCUUAGCCUCUGCAAUCAUCACCUACACCGAGAAAUCCUUAAGAGACCUCGUCAGAGACCAUUCCGGCAGAGGAAUCAAGUAUUCCGAUCCCGAAAACAACGGCUCCGACGAGAGAUCCCAACAGAGAGAUCUCGUUGAAUCAAUCGUCACUCUCUUACCUUCAGACAAAGGGCUUUUCCCUGUCAACUUCCUCUGUUCUCUCCUCCGUUGCGCCGUCUUCUUGGACACCUCACUCACCAGCAAGAACGAGCUCGAGAAACGAAUCUCCGUCGUCCUCGAGCACGUCUCCGUCGACGAUCUCUUGAUCCCGUCUUUCACCUACGACGGCGAACGGUUACUAGACCUCGACAGCGUCAGAAGAAUCAUCUCUGUUUUCGUCGAGAAAGAGAAAAACGUCGGAGUUUUCAACGGCGGAGAUUUCAACAGAGGAUUAUGCUCUGUUUCUCUCCAGAGAGUUUCGAAGACAGUUGAUUCUUACUUAGCAGAGAUCGCUAGCUACGGAGAGCUAACCAUCUCCGAGUUCGACGCGAUCGCGAAUCUCGUUCAAUCCGCUAGAAAAUCAGACGACGCUUACAGAGCCAUUGACAUCUUCUUGAAAGCUCAUCCGACUGACGAGAUCGAGAGAGAGAAAGUGUGUAGCUCAAUGGAUCCUCUCAAGCUUUCACGACGCACGUCUCACGCUUCGCAGAACAAGAGAUUACCUGUAAACAUCGUUCUCCACGCGCUUUACUACGACCAGUUAAAGCUAAGAAGCGGGGUUGAAGAUAAAGAAGGAGCAGUGGUUAUGGUCCCCGAGGCUUUAGCGACACGUGGACAGGUUAAAGCUGAUACUUCGUUGGCUAAAGAGAACGAAGCUUUGAGGAGUGAGCUGAUGAAGAUGAAGAUGUAUGUUUCUGAUCUGCAGAAGAAUAAACAGAGUGGUGGUGGUGGUGCAGGAGCUUCUUCUUCGAAUUCAUCGUCGUUGGUGAACAGUAAGAAGAGCAACAAACCUACUUUCUUCUCUUCUGUUUCGAAGAAACUUGGGAAGUUGAAUCCUUUUAGACAUGGGUCUAAAGAUACUUCGAACAUUGAUGAAGAUCUUGCUGGUGUUGAUAUUACUAAGCCAAGAAGACGAAGAUUCUCAAUCUCUUAGAAGAGUAAAAGAAACGUUUGAUCAUUUACCUUUUCUGUGUUUUUGGUCUGUGUGUGUGUGUUUUUGUGUAUAACUCCUUUAGUUUAGUGUGCUCUCUUUUUUUUUUCAUUUUUUUUUCCUUUUGAUGCGUGACUUUUGUUUUUGGAAGGUGUGUUUAUUGUUUAAUAAUGAGUUUGGGAUAUUCGAAAUUUCGAACUAAGAACAGAAAAUAUAUACCAGCUUAAAUAAUUUUUGAUGUA